AUGCUAACCGCUGUCUGCGGCUCUCUGGGCAGCCAGCACACGGACGCGCCUCACGCCUCGCCGCCGCGCCUCGACCUGCAGCCUCUCCAAACAUACCAGGGCCACACGAGCCCGGAGGCCGGGGACUACCCAUCCCCGCUGCAGCCUGCCGAGCUGCAGAGCCUCCCGCUGGGCCCGGAGGUGGACUUCUCACAGGGCUAUGAGUUGCCGGGGGCCUCCUCGCGGGUGACCUGCGAGGACCUGGAAAGCGACAGUCCCUUGGCCCCGGGACCCUUUUCCAAGCUCCUGCAGCCGGACAUGUCCCACCAUUACGAAUCGUGGUUCCGGCCGACUCACCCAGGCACGGAGGAUGGCUCCUGGUGGGACCUUCAUCCGGGCACCAGCUGGAUGGACCUCCCCCACACUCAGGGCGCGCUAACCUCACCUGGCCACCCGGGGGCGCUGCAGGCCGGCUUGGGGGGCUACGUCGGCGACCACCAGCUCUGCGCCCCGCCGCCGCACCCGCACCCGCACCACCUCCUCCCAGCCGCCGGAGGGCAGCACCUCCUGGGGCCACCCGACGGGGCUAAGGCCUUGGAAGCGGCUGCCCCGGAGUCCCAAGGGCUGGAUUCCAGUCUGGACGGGGCGACCCGGCCUAAAGGUUCCCGGCGGUCGGUGCCUCGCAGCUCAGGCCAGACCGUGUGUCGCUGCCCCAACUGUCUGGAGGCGGAGCGACUGGGGGCACCGUGCGGGCCCGACGGGGGCAAGAAGAAGCAUUUGCACAAUUGCCACAUCCCGGGCUGCGGGAAGGCCUACGCCAAGACGUCGCACCUGAAGGCGCACCUGCGCUGGCACAGCGGCGACCGCCCCUUCGUGUGCAACUGGCUCUUCUGCGGCAAGCGGUUCACGCGCUCCGACGAGCUGCAGCGCCACCUCCAGACCCACACGGGCACCAAGAAGUUCCCCUGCGCGGUCUGCAGCCGCGUCUUCAUGCGCAGCGACCACCUGGCCAAGCACAUGAAGACCCACGAGGGCGCCAAGGAGGAGGCGGCCGGCGCGGCGCAGGGCGAGGGCAAGGCCGGCGGCGCGGUGGAGCCCCCCGGGGGCAAAGGCAAGCGGGAGGCCGAGGGCAGCGCGCCUCCCUCCAACUGA